UGUAAAAAGAAGCGGCUAAGUAAGUUAUCUUGGCCUCCUUUUUUUCUUGCUUUUUUUGUGCGAGUGUGUGGAGCGCGGUGGGAAUUUCCCAUGCCAAGGUCUCUCUAUAUAACCCAGAUUGACGGAGAACUCGCGAUCUUGCUGCUUCGUUCUCCUGAGCGCAGCUAUACGACCUUGGCCUUGCAACAAAGAACUAAGAGCCGGUUCACGAGCCUUGCAACAUUAUUGGCUAAGCAACGUCAGUUGCAUUCUGGGACUAGCAAUUCCUGUGACCCGGAUAUGUCGACAAAAGAUGACGAGACUAACGUCACACGUUCUGGUCUGGUCUGGACCUUCGUAAAACUUAAGUGUUUCACAAUGCAAAGUUAGCCACGUUGUUACAACCUCUAGGCAUAUGUUACAGGCCUUCGGGUCAACUCCUAACAUCAACGGAAGCCCUACCUUUUCUCACCGAUUUGCACACUCUUCUUGAAGCUGGUAAUUCAGUCUCCCUCCCUAUCGAAGAGCUAAGGUAGGUGGUAUCCUACCACCUACCCUGUUUACUCAUACAGGACAGCAUCAGCCCACUGCCUACCAGCAGAGUGAGAUGGGACGAACAUCAAAGGAUAAACGGGAUGUCUACUACCGCCUGGCCAAGGAGAAUGGCUGGCGGGCCCGAAGCGCCUUCAAGCUACUUCAACUUGAUGAGGAAUUCCAACUCUUCCAAGGUGUGAAGCGAGCAGUUGACCUGUGUGCAGCCCCAGGCAGCUGGAGCCAGGUGCUGAGCCAGAAGAUUGGGGGCCAGAGUUCUGGUCAGGUGGUAGCUGUGGACUUGCAGGCUAUGGCUCCACUCCCAGGCGUGAUACAGAUACAGGGGGACAUCACUCAGCUUUCCACUGCCAAGGAGAUCAUCCAGCACUUUGAGGGCUGCCCUGCUGACCUAGUAGUGUGUGACGGGGCUCCUGAUGUCACCGGCCUCCAUGAUGUGGAUGAGUACAUGCAGGCCCAGCUUCUGCUAGCUGCCCUCAACAUUGCUACGCAUGUCUUGAAGCUAGGGGGCUGCUUUGUAGCCAAGAUAUUCCGAGGCCGAGAUGUAACACUGCUCUACGGCCAACUGCGGGUCUUCUUCUCCAGUGUGCUCUGUGCCAAGCCCAAGAGCAGCCGGAAUUCCAGCAUUGAGGCCUUUGCUGUUUGUCAGGGUUAUGACCCUCCUGAGGGCUUCAUUCCAGACCUGACCAGACCCCUGCUGGACUACUCGUACGAUUUAGAUUUCAACCAGCUGGAUGGUCCUGCCCGUUUUAUUGUGCCCUUUGUGACCUGUGGGGACCUCAGUGCCUACGAUUCCGAUCGCAGUUAUCCUCUGGAUCUAGAAGAUGGCUCCGAGUACAAAUAUACUCCACCCACACAGCCCCCCAUCUCACCCCCAUACCAGGAGGCCUGCAGGUUGAAGAAGAAUGGGCAGCUGGCCAAGGAGCUCCUCCCCCAAGAAUGCUCCAUCGGCAGAGUAGACAAGUUGCCCCAGCCUUUGAUUGUACCUCAGUGUCAUACCGUGCUGGCUCCCAAGGUGGAAGACACUGAAAUCAAUUGCUCACCUUAACACAUUAAGGGUUGGCAGUAAAAGUCAAACUCAUACAAGUCAGAAGCCGCUGCCUGCCAGGAAAACCAGAAGCUGGCUUGAUAAGCUUGUUUGCAGAUACCAUCUAUGGGCCCUGAACAGACAAGCCUAGAAGGGGGAUCUUCAACAACUCUGACAAGAAACAAACAUUGAAAAAGUCUGCGGAGCUGCAGGAGGAAUUUCACGAGACUGUGAGCACAUGCCUCUUCUCUCAGCCUCUCCUGGGGUGUCCUGAAUAGGUCCAGGAUUUCCCCACAAAGCAGGGGUUCUUAGCAUGGAUAAACAUCAGGGACUUCUACCAACUGGAUGAAGAAAAAUGUUACAUCUUCACGGUACCUGAAGUUCAGCUUUAUUGCCAGUCAACAAACAUUGAUAGCAAAUCAGUAAAAGCCCUAGCUAUGCAAGUCACAUACUUUUUGUAUACAUAAAAUUCACAGACAUCUGAAAUACUGCUCAUAUUUCUCACUGCUUUGGAUAAUAACAGAUUUUAUAAAUCGGUCCAUUAAUUAAACAUCCCAUCUAUUGCUGCAUCCCAAUUUUUACUGAUUGGCUGGUCAGGUAUUUUUAAGACAGUAUCUUCCUAUAUAGCCUAGACUUCCCUCAAAGUCAAGAUCCUCCUGUGUCAGGGUUGGGGAUUUAGCUCAGUGGCAGAGUGCUUGCCUAGCAAGCACAAGACCCUGGGUUCCGUCCUCAGCCCUGGAAAAAAGAAAAAGAUCCUGCGUCUGCCCCCUAACUGCCGAGAUUACAGGCCUGUGCCACUAAACCUGGCUACUGUAUCCCACUUUUAUUUCAAUGAAAUAUACAGUGAUAACUAUUUCAGUGUAA